AUGGUCGUGACUUCUUACCUUGAUGACGUUUGGAAUGAAGUGGAAGAAAUAGUCGAAAAGGAAUUGAAAGCGGUGAGGAGCCAAAGAGACUGUACAAGACCGAAAAGCAAUACGAACUGCACAGAACCGACCACCGAAGGAUGUGGAUGUGGAUGGCCUUCUUUUGAAUGGCCUUUUGGAUGGACGACGACAUGGACAUCUGACCAUAGCGUAGAUCAUAAAUCGUCGCGCGAGGCGCCAUUUCCCUAUUAUAAUAUAAGCAAUUUCACGCACUGCACAGGACUGAAGUUGAGGGACAUGGGUCAAUGCGGGACUAGCAAUAUAUACCUCAUGGGCACGGAUGUCAAUAAUAUAUGUGAAUUGUCUGCUUGCAGAAGUUCUGUUGCGGUUGCGCACAAAGAACUAUUAGUGCAUACAAGCGAGAAGAAGAACCAAAUGGAUAUCAGUUGA